GGUCAGGGGUUGGGCCGCACGCAGCAAGCUAGCUGUACGUGCCUCGAUUCCCUCCCAGCCCUGAGGGCUAGGUCCGUAGGCCUAAAGGUUACACCAAUAUAUAAUAAUCUAUGCCAACAUUAUUAGAAAGAGAAACCAACCAACCAACCGCUUUUUUAUGUGUAACACGCCACCUUUUUUUGCUUUUUCCAUGUCUUUUCCAAACCCCCUGCAUUAAUUCCUCGUUUAGCAUUUUGAUCAACUCACAGUAGGCAUCUCACAAAUGCAUUUCUUUCUUUCUUUUUUUAAUAGAGUUUUGAUUGUUUGUGUCUCAGUGCUUGUUUUAGUGUGACUGUGACUUGUGAGGCAUGUCCUGGUUUCUUUUUUCAUUUCUUUUUUUUUUGUGGCAGGAUUUACUAAAAAAAAAUCGGAGAGAUUGCCACGUGUUUCAUUACUAACAUUAUUCAAGGUGUCUCAUACACAUCCACAUACAUGUACAUAUUCUGCCUGUACUGUAUUUGCACGUGUGCUUUGGUCAUUUCAAAUUGAAGCUGGUUUAUACAGUGUAAUUGGACUCUCGAAUUCUUUGAAAGCUUUCUUGCGUUUGGAACACAGUUACAUUUUCUUUGCAUUGGAUUUGAAUAAUCUGGGAUCAGGUGUCAUAUUUUGUUGGUUUGAUUUUAAAGAUCUUGUUUCAGAAGGAAGACUGGGAUUGGUGAGAGCCCUAUUAUUUCUUAAAUUUAGAAAUUUUCAGCAGGAAAUAAAAGCCCUUCUGGUAAUAUAAAAAAAAAAAUCAAAGUUUCUUCCAGUUCCCUUGCCUGAGAUUUUCAAAAGCACUCCCUUCAACAUUUGAUUAAAAAAAACAAAACAAAUCCUGAUUCCAUUGGCAUUACCAAUUUGAAGUUAAAAAUAACUGUACGAUACGCACCACUCCAAAUCUUUGCUGGGGUCUGCAUUGAUGUCACAAUUUCGAGUCACAGAAAAUGUCUUGUUCUGUUGGCGUUGUGUGCAUUAUAGAAAACAGCCUGAUGUGGUAGGAAUGUUUAAGUGGACGGGACAUUAAAAAACUGCACAGCUGCCAGUAGAGCUAGAUGGAGUAUGUGUGGCUAGGUGCUUAAUCAGACUAAAAACCCAGCAGAUUGCACGGAUCAAUCCGUGGCGUGAGGUCUUUCACCAGAUUGCACAGUUUCCAUCAUGUGUGCGAGUGGCUGAAAUCCGAAACCAGGGCAGCCAGUAGUGGAACAUUAAUUUGGAGCCCUCUGUAUGUUUUUCCGAUAGAUUUAUGGUUUUGUUUGUGUUGGGGGGCAUCGAUAUUGACCGUGGUCGGGUCUGGCUUUUGUCCUGUUUUUCCCCGCAUGCAAUUUUUUUCUCUCUUUCUGCUUUAAAACACCAUUUUUUGCUGUAUGGCAUCUUGGCUGGCAUGCUUUUGCACACUGCUUAUUUUGUUAGGCAGUUACUUAAUUGUUUUUCCCCUGAGAUACAGCUAGAUGAGUACCCAUGGGGUAUAUUGCUGGUUUUUAUCUGUGAACUACUUGCCUUGUCUGUUUUUGUGGCACUGCACAGACAUCAGGUGUUUAUUAAUUAAUUGAUUAAAACUAAAGCUAAUCAACUUUUUACUAAUUACUCGCACUAGUACGCAUAUAUAAAGCACAUCAGAUAAUUUAGGCUUAAAGUGUGAUCGCAAAAAACUAGCAAAAGAAGUCAGAUGACAGAAAUAUUUGCUAACCGUUCAGGCUUUGUUCCAAACCCUGCUGUACAUAUACAUCACAGAAGCUCCUUUGGGCUAUCCCAGGUACUCAGAACCUCAGUGGCGGCUACGGUGUACUGCAAAGUCUUGCAUUCUGAUGCUUGAAAGACCACACGCAAAAGUUAAUCACUGAGUCACGAAGGGAUACCCAUGCUCAACGUGUAUGUUCAUCUCUGCAUACCUACCGGUACUGUGAACAAUUUCCCUGCUUCCUCUAACCGCUUGUCUAACGGCUUACUUUCAGGAAAAAAAAAGAAAGUUGGACUCUUUGGUGAAAGCGUUCCUGUAAACCUCAGUUGCGCCUAUGUUCCGGUGUACACAUAGCAUUCAUUGUAAUGGAGCUUGUCAUUUAGCAGUAAAGAUACAGUUGACUAACACAUUGUCUGGUGUCGGAAGUGCGUUCAUAAUUGCACGUUUGGUCUUUGUGCUUGUUUCCACCCUUACAGCAACAAAAAAACCUGUUUCAUUACUUUGGAUGUGAUGAGGGUUAACAGAACACGAACAGCUAUGGAACAUUGAAUAGUACCAUUUCAUUUUUUUUUUCAUUUCUUCUUUUUCCGUUUUUGGCUUGUCACCAGUGGAUGGAAACUUCACCCGUAAUUCAGGGUCACAUGCAGUGCAUGUUUGUACAUGUAAUCCACAUUUGUUGUGUGUGUCUUGCGUACCAGAAAAAAGCUGGUCUGUAAUCCUUGCCACAUGUUGUGAAACUUAACAAGCAGUGGAUGCCCAGUCCACUAAAUUUUGGCAAAAAACCUUGUCCGUCUUUGACUGAAAUCAUCUCCCGCAUCCCCUCCACUUUUCCCAUGCCACACGGGACUUCUCUUCGCUACGCUUCUCCAUUUUUUUUUUUUCAAUCGCCUAGUCACUAACUUGCCAGCGCCAUGUGCCGUUUCCCAAUCUCCGCUUCCCAUCUCACUGAGCUGGUAAGAAGAGAGGGGAAGAAAAUUCAUCAAUCUCCCCCGCAUCUUCCGUCAUCGCGUCCUUGGGCUAUCCUUAAUUAACCUGGCCACAGCUGACAGGAUGGAACCUCAACAAUGAUUUAAUCUUGCAGAUCUCCUAAAAGUGUUUACUUUUUUUGGGGGGGGGAGGUUUGCUUUCCCACAUCUGGUGCCCUCAGUGAUUGAAAUUCUCAGGAGUCACAAAUUCAUUUGACUUGUUUGUUUUAAGCAUACUUCCUGUCCAUGAACUGUCAUCGGUCAUUUGGUAAUGACCUUCCAGUUAAUACCAGUAACUUUAUUUCAAGGCUGGCUGUGUUUGUCAAGCCUACACAUUGAUGUUGCAGUCACCUUGUUAAGCUCUAUGGGUCACUGCAUCCUUUUUUUAUGCAUCCCAUUUUUAUUUCAGUGUUUGGAAAAGUGGCAUUCCUGUAUUGUGUUCAUUUUGAGACCUCAGUUUCAAGUUAAUAGGUCUUGGUUGUCAAAAGUGGCCCUUUUAAUCCUCGUGUAAAAAGAGGGCAAAAGAAAAUUCCCUUUUGCUUGAGAUUUUAUAAUUUUUUUUUCUGAUGCAUGCAAAGCUGUGACCACUGUGGUUCUUAUUUCACUGUGUUGUUCCACCUGCGAGGUUUCGUCUUAUUGUUAUCGAUAAAUGUUUCACUACACGGCUACUUUAUCUUGGAUCCCUGAAGUAUGAUUAACGGGUGUUGGGUCUGUUGGUCUAUCGCUGUUGAGCAUCAGCACCAACAGCUACCGUCCGGUCAUUCUGAUCACUGACAACUCCUUGGUAGGCUCUUCCUUAGAGCUAGGACCCCAGCUCUACGGUUCCUCCUCCCAGGGAACAUGAGCAACCCCCUACACUCAUACUCAUAGAUCAUGCCAUAAAAUCUGCGCUCAUCCCUAUUCUUGUACGUGCUACUCACUGCACAAAAUCUCCUGUUUCCAAUUUGGCCCUAUUUGUUGAUUUUGAAUAACCUGCUCUAGGGUUUACUUACUUGACGGUGUGCGGAUUGAUUAAAAUGGAGCUCCCUCUAGGGUACGGCAAUUCAUUUGAGCACUUCAGAAUGUUGAGCCAUUUCAUUCACGUAGGUCCCCAUUUUCUAAACUCUGUACUCUCCAAGUGACUGUAAAAGAAUGUGGAUAUGGGUUGAUGUGACUUUCACCAAUAUAGCAUCCGGUAGGCCGGCAGACUGGAAAAUCAUUUAACUAGUACUAUAAAAAAAUGUCUGUGGUUGAUAACCCCCCCAACAUGCAGCCACAGAAUAAGUCUCAUCUCACACCGUUGCACUCAUCCGACCAUAUCAAGGGAGAACUUGAGGAGCACCAAUUGCACAUGUGCACCGUGCAUACGUAACAACUGACGUUUCUUGCUGUGCCGUGGGGAAAAAAGUGCUAUAUUAACUGCUAAAAAGCUGCUGCUCUCAAUUCUUCAUUUGUUUUUCCUCAAUCAGUUUGGAUCUCUGCUCAGAGUUCAUGUAGUUGUCUUGUAGCCAAUUCAUUUUAACCCCACAGCCAUUGGGAUAUCCGGUUUUGAGUUGCUAACACCCAAACUGAAGGUGUACGAUCUUCUACAGCUGUUGAUUUGAUGCGGUGGUACACAUUACAGGAAAUAUGUUUGCAGUUGUAACAUUUCAUGUCCUGUGUUUGUCAUACUGUAUAACCCAUCGUAGAGGCAAAGUUAAAGAAUACAUGAUUCUACAGAUUUGAUUUUGACUUUGGCUGGAGUAUGAUUUGAAAAAUGAAUUUGUGAUAUGGGGGAGAAGGAAAGGCUCGCCCCAAGAUCACCUGUGGUAUGGAAACCGGUUCCUUGCUUCAAGCUACCACAGUCUGUCAUCCAACAAGGCUCUUGAUUACCAGUGAAUCACCCACAUUAAAAAAAUAGUAACAAACAAAAGACCAGAUGAAACUGUACAUUUUUACAUGUAGUUGGUGUUAAUAGUAAGUUGAAAUCCACCGUGAGUUUGGCAUCUAGUCACCAUUGGUUUUGCACCCGAACUUGCCCUCUCAUUUGACAUUUUUUUCCACCCCCCCAAACACAUCUCGCAAGCUCUGUGCAUGGAUGCAUUGUCUUGGUACCACCGCUUAGAUCCAUUUACAACAGACCCACUGUAAUCUAAUGGCGAGAUAUCCUCGUUUCUCUUACAGGUUUAGCACUGCCUCCAGAACAUGGCCAGAGAUAAGAGUUAUUUUGAUCCUUGCGUUUCACUAACUUCAUGCCAGCUUGGUAGAUCCACUUUCCUCCAGGUACUUUUUUUUUUUUUAAAGGGAUUCUGUCUCACCAUUCUAGAGAAUCUUUAUUUUUCUAUUCAUUUGUUAAUUUAUUUAUCGAGAAUGAGAAUGUCACAUUCAGAUUUCACCACAUGGGUUUGUUUUUUUUUUUUGUUCAGUGGGAAUUAUAUUGCUGGUAGUCACAUCUGCUUUGUUUGAGUUGGGUUUUGAUUCCGUCGCAAGUUUGUGCAUGAUUUUCUUGCGAUUGUUGGAAGUUUACGUUCUUCGUUCCUUUUCCAAGUCACAUUUAUGCAGUUCUGUAUUAUAUAAGUAGGUUUGGGAAUCAGAAUAUUGGUUGUUAUAUACAAACCUGGAUAAAUGGAAUGACAUUUGGAAAUCUCUCAUUCACAUACAAAAUUACUUUAGUGAUUAUUGCGUUGGCAAUUUGCACAACACAGACUGCCAAUUGUAAGAGUGUCAGAUGACAAUCAGGACAAUGUUUUGAAAUUGUGGCACAAUUUGAAGUAGGAUUUGAAAUCAACGUAAUGUAGGUAUUUCCAAUGCUGAUUUAUGUCACUGCCAGUUCUGAGCAAGCUGUAGGUUAUUUCAUAGUAAAAUGCAGUCGUGGUAUUGCAUAUUUAGGUCUGUGGUGCAAGUCAUUGGUUGAUUGACAGUAUGUGUGAAUGUGUGUGAUGAACCUGAGUGUUUGCCAGCAUGGUAAUCCUGUCUGUAGACAGUACAUACGUAUGGCUGUGCUGUGACAACCUCAUGCGCACACUCUGCAUGGAGUAUGAAGUUUGUCUGGUUUUGUCCGUCAACUCGAUUGUCUGUCUGUCUCUGUCUUGUUUGGUUUUGGUUUUUUUUCCCCUUCUUCCAAUUAACUGUUGGCUGACAACACUUUUGACUUUCAGACGACGUGAUCAGCACAAAAUGUUCGUUCAAGAUGAGGUUGCACCGAGCCGUUGCCCAUCAUCAUCAAGUCAGAUGGCUUGGGAAUGGGGCGCAUGGAGAUGGAGCUGGAGCAGGCAGAGGAGGUCACUGUGCACAGACGCAAGAUGGAGGUGGAGAAAGAGGACACUGAAGAACUCCGUCAAAAAUACAAGGAGAACGCAGAAAAGGAGAAAGCUAAGGAUGACGCUUUGUCGGAGAUGAAAGCCAGUUACUAUUGUGAGCUGUGCAACAAGCAGUACAAGAAGCACACCGAAUAUGAGAACCAUAUCAACUCGUAUGAUCACCAUCACAAACAGCGCUUGAAGGAUUUGAAGGCCCGUGAGUUUGGCCGAACUGUUGGCUCAAAGAUGAAGAAGGAAGAAAAGAAGCGGCAGAAAGAGUUGAAGAAGCUGCAUGAAAUGGCCCAGCAGAGAGCUCAGCCUGUAGAAAAAAGUACCAGCAAUGGUGGCGAAAAGACAGCAAAGAAGGGUAAAGGAGAUAGCAAAGUGACAUCUAGCGAAUCCCGGGGAGGAUGGAACAGUGUGCCCCCGCCCAACAUCUAUGACCCCAAACCAGGUGCGGAUAGCGGGGGAGACAAACAUCGCUCAGCAGCGACAAGUCAUUCCUGUGGCGACAAACCACCGGGAACAGCAGACAGGAAGCAGUACGGCCCCCAAGAGGAGGUGCGGGGCAAGUCGCUAGCACGGAAGCGUCUGAUGGCCUUUGCCCAGGAGAGGAGACUUUCUCCAAGUCGGCAGGAGGAGCUUGAUAAUACUAACAAGCAGAACAACAUUUCAUUCAGCUUCUCCAAGAAAACUCUGACCAGGAUAGCAACAAAGUCAGUCUUUGAGGGAGAUCAGGCUAAUGCUGCUCAAGGUAAUGACCCAGAAAAUGCACCUGAGAGUUCAUUGACCGACAGCAAUCAAGCAAAGAGUUCGAGGAAAUCGAAAAAAGUAAAGAUUAACCGAACGUUUGGUGCUGAACAACCGAGCUCUUCACAAGGAAGUGGAAAGGCAGUAACCUUCAUCAAAGCAGAAAGGACUUUGGAUCAGCCUGAGGUAGCCAAAUAUGAGGCGAAGCCAGUAAAAGCAAAUGCUAAGAUCUCAAGGAGUAAAACUAGCGAAUCUUCCUCACAAAAUGGACCCAGUGUCCAGAAGAAGCCUGAUGGGAAGGCAGCCAGCAAGAGACUCAAAUCAAACAGCAAUAAACCAUGCAAUGAAAUAAGCAAUUCCGCUGAGUCUGGGACUGAUGCCAAGACUGAACCAAAGGAUCAUCCCAAUUGUGAUAUGCCUCCCCAACCCCAAAGAACUCAAACUGAUAACCUGCCAUGCCAAAUCAAAGACAGCCAACCAGCUGCUCCUUCUCAACCAAAGCAAAGGCCAUGUGAAAACGCAACCAACUGUGAGACUCUUGAACAUUCCAAAACAAAAGACGGGAAUGGAAUCACAAAAACAAAUUCUGUUGGAGCAAGUCAAGUGAGUUGUGUGAUAAAAAAGGAGCCAGGCACAGAGGAAACAGAAGGUGAUACAAAUGUUGAGAAAGUGAGUGGAGUGUGUGUUGGUGGCUGUGGCAAUGAUGAAGAGAAUAAAAACCAGGAAGCAGAUAGUUCUUCAAAACAAAACCAGGAAGGAACUGCUCCUCAAGAGGCUUCCCAAUCCCAGCUUGAUAGUGAACCACCCUCCAGUCCUGUCUUGGAAAAGGUUGAGGAGGGUUACCUUGCCGUUCUAGGAAAAGAUGAUGAGACAACUUUACCGUGGCCUAUGGAGAUGAUGUGCUACACUCAGACAGAGCCAGUAAUCUCUUAUAGUGUAAACCCAUUGCAUUUUGAGUUUAGAAAGCUUGUCAGCAAAAACAGUGACUCUGCUGUUAAAGUGGAGGAACCCCCUGCAAUGUCUGAUGGAAAGUCGCAGCCCUCGACCAGCCAGGAUCCAGACCCCAAUAUGAGUGUCAAAACUGCAGUGGUGGCCAGCAACCAAACUGAAGAACCAUUGGAGGACUUCACCGCAAACCCCAAGGACUCAUCCUAUCGAAGGCGUGCAAAAAAACGUAAGAAAAGGAAGCGAAAGAGGAGACGCUCCAACAGGUCUCGCCACUCUCGAAGCUCUGACCGCUCAGACGAUGAGAGGAAGAAACGACACCGGUCCAAGAGCUCACAUGUUCGUGAUCGUUCUCAUUCUCCACAUGAGUCUAAUGAUGAAGAGAAUAAAUCAGGUAGCUCUAGUAGGAAGCAGAAACGAAGACAUAGGAAGCGCUCUGCAAGUGACUACAGCUCUGAUGACGAUUACGACCGACGGAGCAGACGCAGAAAACGGUCUCGUGGCUAUAGUGAUGAUUCGUACGAUGAAUCUGAUCAUGAAAGAUGCCGGAAAUCUGAUAGACGGGAUUCCGGUCACAGGUCUCGCAGUCGCUCCAGAUCUUACAGUGAUGAAGACCAUUCUUCGAGGAAAUCUCACCGAAGGAGGAGUCAUAGCAGACACAGAGACAGCGACAGCGAUUCAGACUAUGAGAGGUCCAGACGCCAUUCGAGAAGCAGACACAGUAGAUCAAGAUCUUGGUCACGUUCUAGGUCACGGUCAAAUUCCCCCAGAAGGUAUUCCGAUUACAGGAGCUCUUCAAGGUAUUCAAGAUCGAGAAGCCGGUCACCUCUUUAUCGGCCAUCACCUGUUUCUAGUAGAACUAGUGUGAGGCCGUCUCUCCUUGAUAAACGCAAGGAUGAGACAAUGAAAGGAAGGAAAGUUGAUGAUGUAACAGGUACAAAGAUCUCAUCGGGAUGCUCAAACUUAAAAGAACGAGUUCGUAAAGCUUUGAAGGAAAGCAUUGCCUCAGAACCUAGUCUUAAGAGUGAUAAACAGACUUUAGGAAUCAGUACAAAGUCGAAGGAGAAGAUUUCUGACCUACUGCAAAAUUUAGCAAAUUUGGAAGAUCAGACACAAUUGACUAAAGGAGGAGGACUUGUAAUAGAGAGCACACCAUCUACUACUCACAAGCCUGGAAAAGCAUCUACUGCUCUGCCAGGAAAAACUCAGGAUUCUUCUGUUGGGAAGAGCAAAGGGGAUGAGGGUACGGCAAGUGAUGAUGAGGAUAAAGAUAGUCCAGGUGGCAAGGUAGGGAAUGUCUUCAAAGUCCCCUCAGUACCAGCUCCAAAGAUCAAUAAGACUGUUAAGCAAGAGGUUAAGAACCAGAGUGGGAAUGAAGCAUCUGCUAAAUCUUCACAGAAGAAGGAUGAGUCCAGUGGUAAGGCAGAGAGGAAAUCCCCCUCACCACCAGACCAAGCGAAAGACAUGUCAAUACCUCCUGAGGAGAUGGAGAAAUACCGUGAGCUGCAAGAGCAGGCAAGGCUCCAUGUGCAGCAGCAGAUGAUGCAGUCCCAGGGACAGGUCCCCAUGCAGCAAGGAAGCCACCAGGCUCAAGCCGAGGAACAGCAGCUUGCCCAGGGAAUGCACAUGAUGCCCAUUGCCCAGGGCGAAGCUGAAGGGCAGCAUGCAGAACAGUACGGGGAUCCCAGUCUAGGCCUUCAGGCUGCUCAUCCAGGACUCCAAGGAACUCCUCAGGCUAUCCCAGGCAACGAAGGAGUAGCACUUCAGGCAAUGCCACCAGGUCAGGUGAUGACACACGACCCCAACCUGGCUGCCGGUCAGGUGAUCGUGCGGCCUCCAGGUCCUGUUCUAGCAACCCGUCCUGCUCUUGUCCCUGGCCAGUUGGUAGAUGCUCGUACUGGUCAGGUUUUGGUCCGCCCUCCUACUCCAGUUAUAACACCAUCCCCAGGUCAGCUGAUAGAUGCUCGCACUGGUCAGGUUGUUAUCCGCCCUGCUGCACCUGUCCUAGCUCAGCCCCCAGGGCAAUUAGUGGAUGCUCGCACCGGCCAGGUUGUCCGCCCCACAGGGCCAGUUGUUGCACAGCCUCCCAGCCAGGUCAUAGAUGCUCGCACCGGCCAAGUAUUGAUUCGUGCACCAGGGCCAGUGGUUGGUCCACGCCCUGGACAGCUUGUUGAUGUUCGCACUGGUCAAAUAGUUGGGGCACGUCCUAUGCAAGUCCUGCCCCCACGUUCAGGACCACUUGUCCUUGCUGCUCCAGGCCAGCCGCAGCCAGUCAGCCUACCAUCCCCAGGGCAAGGUAUUCCACCCCUUCCUGGUCAGCCACAGCUGUUAGUUGGAGAAAGGGGUGAAGUUCUGCCAGCUGGGCCUACACUUGGCCCUUCUCCAUCUAUAUCUCCAGGACCAUCCCUGACACCCGCGCCUGUUCUCACUCCUGGAGCGACAGUGUCACCAGGUCCUGCCUUAACACCAGGCACCCUGUUGGCUCGUCCAGGAUUACUGCCAGGUCAGGUAUUGACUCCAAGUCCAGAGUUAGCACCGGGCCAGAUGGUACCCCCGAGGCAGAUUUUGAAAGUGGUUCCAGGUGCACCCCCUGUUUUGGUCUCAGAGGCUGGAGCUGUGAUGCUGGGGCCAGCCGGGGUUCCAAUCCGCAUACGCACGCCCAUUCCGUCUGCUCAAUCCUUACCAACAGCUGGAAGUCCAUUGAUACCAAUGGGCGUCCCCAUCCGCAUGCACUCUGUCCGUGCACCAUCCCCACAAGCACGACCGAUACUGCACACUCCUCCCCAGAGUCACAAUGUCACUGAACAGCCGGCCUCAUCACCAAGUCCUCAACCCAAAGCCUGUUCUACACCUCAACCGUCACACUCACCAACAAGUCCACUGGUGCGAGUUCCGAGCCCUUCACUUGUGCAAGUAGCUAGCCCAGGCCCCAACCCGAGUACGAUGCGAAUGAUGAGUCCAGUCCCCAUUGCUGUCUCGCCCUCUGGCUUGCCUGUUAAUGCCAUGCGGAUACCAUCUCCAAAGCAGAUUCCUUCUCCAGUACCUGUGAUAUCCCCAGUUCCUGGAUUGCCAUCUCCCAUCCAUGCCCUGCCUGGGCCCCCAGGCAGCACCCCCAUUCCGGGAAUGAUUCGCUUUGCGCACCCAUCAGGUCCACCAGCCGCUGCUUCAGUCGCUGUGCCAGGAUUACCUCCAGGAGCCAUUCGGGUGUCGGUGCCCCCCGGGAUGGCCCCAGGAGUUGUGGGAAGUCCCCGAAUAGCUCUCCCAGCUGGUGCCCCUAUUCCAGGCGCUGUUGCUCUGCCCGGUGCUAGGGUUGGACUCCCUGGGACCGUCAUCCCAUCAGCAACACCAGUUCCCGGAGUUCAGAGAAUGGCUCUUCCUGGGGGUGUUGUUUUGCCCGGCGGCAUGGCCAUGCCCGGCGGCAUGGCCGUGCCCGGCGGCAUGGCCAUGCCCGGCGGCAUGGCUGUGCCCGGUGGCAUGGCUGUGCCAGGAUCCAUAGCCGUACCUGGAGGGCUAGCCGUACCCCAGGGAAGAGCCAUUCCCGGCAGAGUGGCCAUGCCGCAGGGAUUGCUAGUGCCCAGGAUGGUCCAGGCUCCUGGUUUGCCUCCAGGUGCCAGGCCAGUGAUGGUUGCCGCAGCGCCUGGUCUGAGGCCUCCACCAAAUGUAGCAGCAUCCUUACUUGGAAAGCCCAUCUUUAAAGCAGGCGGUGGGGGUCCUGGAGGUCCAUCUCCAUCGCCAGGCUCUGCCUGAGAGGAAAGCUCUACUGUUUACUAAAUAUGUGUUUUAAGUAUUCACCGUUGUGCUAAUUUAGAUCAAUACACACAUACAGUAUCAAAUCUUUGCCAUGAAAUCUGGUCUCUGUAGGAUCAAUGAGUAUAUGCAUUGUUUCAUAGAUGUGGUCCAGGCAUUAGUUUUCUUUUUUCAGUUUGAUUGACCAUGGCGUACCAAGUAAGAAUGAAACUUGUAAGCUGAGCGUGUCCCAUGAGAUGCUGAUGAAUAAGCUGUCCCCGUGUUUAGGUAGAAGUUUGCGUUUUAAAAUACAUGUAGCUGUGUGAAAUUGGCCCAAGGUCUGAAAGUGUGCAGUAUGUCGUAAUUUUCUAUUGAGAGGUGCUGCAUUUCCCUUGCUGGGUAAAAAAAAAUGUGCGGUCAUUCAUCCUGUAGUGUGCGGCAUCGGCACAAAGUAAUUUAAAAAUUGCAUAUAUGUAACUUCAGCUGUUCAUCAUGUGAUGAUUCAACCCAACUGUUUUUUUGACAGCAUGAU